AGAUCCAGCUUCACUGCCCCCAAACAUCAGGCCACAGAGCCAGCAAACAUAUUAGCAUCCAGCCAUCAGAGCACAGAACAGGCCAGCGCUGCCCUACGUUUGACGUCAGCUGAUGUCGCAUUUGGCAACACCAUAGCACAAGACCCCACUAAAUGACCGUCAGUUUCCAUGUUAUCUGCCCCCCACAUCUAGUCCAUCAUGAAACCAUUUCUAUUUUGGGGAAUCCAUUAGGAGAAUAAAUAAUGAAGUAACACACUAGAGUAACUUCCUCGCCUGGUCUCCCCUGGCUGUCUCUGGAUCUUCCCUCUGAGUAACCGGUGUUGAGGUGCACACAUUUUUCAGUUGCAUGUCAUUAGGGAUCAUAUCUAAACAGGUUAAUUAAUUUACUGCGUUUAAAGUCAGUAAACCGUGUGCUUGGCCUUUGGAUGGCUGCGAGGGAGCAUGACGUCCCCAGGUCUCUAAGUGCAGUAUGACAUCAGCGCGGGGGGCCCCAUGGUGAAGUUAAAAGGGCUGUAGUUCCCGUCUCCACUAAGGGACCCCCACCACUGAGCCGUCGCCUCCUCUGAGCUCCGCUUUCCAGAAUGCAGCUCCAGCGUGCCACCUGCCUCCUGGGGCCCCUCCUGCUCCUGACCCUCUGCAUCUGCGGCUCUGCCAGCCAGCCAGGCUUGCCGCCCCAGGACAUCUUCCCCGAAGCCCAGACCGCCGCGAGGGCUCCACAGGAUUGGGGCAGACGGCUCGUCGGGGAACUCCUAUGGCCGGCGCAGUUCGGUGAAUCCGUGCAUCCGGACGCACGGCGGUCGGCCAGCAACUCCAGCACCCCGGGCAGCCGCCAGAGAAAACCCGGCUGCAGGAACGUCUACUGGAAAGGCCCCACGGCCUGCUGAUCCCCCUGUGCUGCUGCCUCCUAAUACAACCAUUUCCUCUCUCCUUCUCGAAAGCAUGUUGAGAUCUCCCUCCUCAUUAACAUACCACGCUAGGGUGGUCCACAAACCAAGGCAAAGAGAUGAUGAUUGUAGAAUCACUUCUCCGUAAGGCUUAUUCUGGUCCAUUAGGGAUAUCUUGCCUACCUGUGCAAUUUCUGAUUAUGAAGCAUUUAGAAAUUGCUCCAUUCUGUACAUUUUGUUUGUAUUGUUAUUACGUACAUACUCUUGCUCUGG